UAUACACUGUUGAGCUGUUUGGUCUCUCUUCAAACAACAGAACCGAACAUCCUGAAUCAAAGCUAGAGAAAUUAGGGUUUUGCAUCGUAGAGAUGGCAUUGUGCAACCGCGUCAGAUCGGGGAUUUCUCUCUUCUACAAAUUAGGGUUUGUCAGUACACAGAGAUCCACUCUCAAUCGAUCCCUCGCUGCCCCUUCCAUUCUGGCCUCCAGAAAUUAUGCUAAUGUGCCAGGGCUAAAGGAUGACAAAGUUAAGGUCCCUCUGGCUUUGUUUGGAGGUUCAGGAAACUAUGCCUCUGCUUUGUAUAUUGCAGCGGUGAAGGCUAAAGCAGUGGACAGGGUUGAGUCUGAGAUUCUGCAAUUUGUUGAGGCAAUAAAGAAUAGUGAUAAAUUUUCACAGUUUAUAAGGGACUUGUCUGUGGCUAAGGAUGUUAGAGUAAAAGUCAUCCAGGAUGUUUGUGGUGAAGCUAAGUUUGCAGAAGUUACAAAGAACUUCCUUGUUAUUGUUGCUGAGAAUGGAAGGCUUAAACACAUAGACUACAUUGCGAAGAGGUUUGCAGAGCUGGCAAUGGCAUACAAGGGAGAAGUCAAAGCGACUGUGACUACUGUUGUUCCUCUUCCCGCUGAAGAGGAAAAGGCACUGAAGGAUACUCUUCAAGAAAUCAUUGGUUCGGGGGCAAAGGUUAAUCUUGAACAGAAGAUUGAUCCAAGCAUACUUGGUGGUCUUGUGCUGGAAUUUAGCCAGAAAGUCUUUGACAUGUCUAUUAAGACAAGGGCACAACAGAUGGAGAGGAUGCUUCGAGAUCCCAUAAAUAUUACCAAUAUCUAAAAGAGCAAUUUUCUCCUGGCAAUCUGUCAUCAAUGUUUAAAGGAAGAAGUAUUACAUUCUUGUUUAUAAGUUGUGGGGAUCUGGAUUUUAAUGGGAUGGAAUGCCAUCAUUUUGCAAAUAAAAGCUACCUCUUUCCAACUUUUUGUUAUGCUUCGUUGUCAUUUUAAUGCAUCUGAAUAUAUUUUUUGGGCCUUUUAAGGUCUUAACUACUGUUAUCCAUUGGUAUUAGUUUGAUCAUUCCAAGGAUUGCAGACUUCAAAUUAUAUAUGUUGCCCUUGUACCUUCUUAGGGGUUGCUUGUCAUAAUCUGGAUGAUUAUAUGUGAAUGAUGCUUCCUAAUACAGACUAAGUAAAAGAUGAAGCUGUAUGUAGUCGUUGGAUGGUUAACUAUUAAUUAUUAGCAUUAGAUUCAACAGCCAAUUUUUGCGAUUAUCUUGCAAUAUGUUUUUGGUUAACUCUUUUUAGGAUUUAUUUUACUGUUAGGAGUUUCUGUAUUGAAUUUACAAUUUUAAAUUUUUUAACGUGUUUUCAAAUACAUAUUAAGUAUGGUUGUAGUCUUGAAUUUAGGAUUUGAUUUUUUCAAAUGAGAUAAAUUAAGAAAAUAAUAAUUUGUUUACCGUUAAUUUAAAUUGUGUUAUAAAAUACUUUAUAAGGUAUCUUUGCAAUUUUUUUUUUUGUUUUUCUACUUUAGGCUGUUAAAUCUUGAAUUUUUUAUUUGAAUAUUUUUAAACUCGGAUCAUAUUGCAUCCAGCAUGUGAUAAGUUUAAAGUGCUCUUUCCUGGGGAGGUUUGCUACUGAUCCAUAAAAAUGAUUCCAGUGCCAGUAGAUUUUUAUUUAUUAUUAUUUUUUCAAUUUCCUGCAUUCUCUUUAUGAGGAUCUCCAGAAUGUCCCCAAUCAUCUUUCUCAGGAUUGUGUUUCUUGAAAAUGGAAAAACACAUGCAGAUAAUUUUGGUUUCGAGAAAUUUAUUGGAUGAGGUACGUACAGUUUGAUCUGAUGUUCUCUUACAAGGAAGACAAUUGACUUUUUAAAAUUGUGGUUGGUAAAUAUGUUAACUUUCUGGGAUAAAUUUUGCAUAAACGGUACUGGGGCGAAACGUGCAUGAUGUUUUAUCACAUGAUCAGGCAAUUGAGAGGUAAAGCGACAACAUUGGGUCAUAAUUAGUUCAUGAAAUACAAUCGUGUUACCUCAGCUCUCAGUUGAAUCAAAUCAGUUACUUUGCCAAAAUGGAAGAGGUUUAAAUGAGUUGUAGCUAUGACUUGUUUGUUUCAGCAUAAAUGUAUUUAGAUUAUACGUUUCUGCAGAUUGCAAUGAAAUGAGUGCUACAGAGGAUGCUCAUGCAAAUUAUGAUCCACCUCUAUAUAAUUGAAAUUCAUGUAAAUAACAAAUACAUUGCACAAGACAAAAAAGUUUGUGUAAUCUUUCUUAUAAAAAGCUAUGGG